AUGGGUCUGUAUUCUGUAGGAGCUGCGACGGCUGUGGCGUUUACCUCUGCUUCUGCAGCAACGGCUGGUGAAAUUUUUGCCGUUGCCCUGCAGCUAGUGGAUCAGUUUGGCAAUCAAGCGGCCGCUUCCGCUGCGGACGUUACAUUGGCUAUAACAUUGCCCGGGUCUAUAGUCGGAUCCGCAACCACCACACUAGACCCUGAUGCAACCGUGUCCGUGAUUUCAACAACAGCGACAACCUUGACGCUCUCCCUCCAGCCAACUGCGUCUUCAGCAGCCCUGAACCUAUCUGCAACUUUCUUGGUCACAGUCAGACCGGCUGCUCCUGCCUCCGCUCAUAUUGAAAACGUGACUGACGGUUCCGUUGAUGAUGCCUUUGGAGCUCUUGUUGUCAUCUACGAUGCUUUUGGAAAUCAAGCGGCCAGCAAUGGCACGGUCAACGUCUCCAUCGUCCUCGGUGGGGUCGCUGCGCUCCAAACAGUGGUUCUCUCCGCCGGUUCUGGUGCUUUUCCGUUUCAGGCGCGAGUGCCCGGCCAGUAUACGUUGCGAGUGCUUGCAGGGAGCUCUCUACCCACUUCGAUAGAUCGACCUGACACGGUUGUCGAUAUCGAGGUUGGCAACCCCACUCAUUUCAGCUUUGUCACUGCAAAUAACGAAACCGUCGUGGCCAACGCUCUCUCCUUUACUGCAAGCUUGCGCGAUCAGUUUGGUAACUUGGUGGCCGAUCAGAGCUUUUUGGCCAGGGUUGCAGUGAAUGGUACCGCAGUCACUGCAAGUGCAACCUUGCAGUUCACGAAUGGCAUCGGCACGGCCACAAUUGGGACAUUGGUCGCUCAAGCUACGUCUCUCACUUUGACUUGGGUCGACAGCCCCGUUGGGAACAUUUCGUCAAGCCACAUUUUCACAUUUGUUGCUGACACACCCGUUUCUUUGUCAUUUGACACGGUCCCGACUCAGCUGGCUGGUGUUGGGUUUGAACUUCUUGGUCGGGUCCUGGAUUCGUAUGGCAAUAUCAACUCAAGAGUAAACACCCAGCUCAGCGCCUCGUUCGACGGUACAGCCAUUUCCAACACCUCUGUGGCUGGCAUUAUCUUGCUUCAAGUGUACCCCACCGUUGCGGGCUCCAACUUGAUUGAAAAUCUGCAGACAUCUCCCAGCAUUAGUCACCCUGUCACCAUUGCUUUCGAGGUGGACCCGGCGCACGUGGCCAAUUUUUCCCUGGCCAUUAACGACACAAGUGCCGAUGACAAUGCUUCUUUGAGCAUUCGAGCCGUGGACGCAUACGGGAACCUGCAGCCUCAAGCUGAUACCUACAUUGAGACGCUCACUUUAACCAUUUCGCCUCAAGGUAGUCUAAGCACGACCACGCCUCAGUUGGUCGCCGGUGAAAGCACAGUGAUUAUUCACUCAUCCGUCCCCGGCAUCAAGACGGUAAUUCUUGACUUCACAAUCCGUGACGCCGCCAACACACUUGUCUCCUCGUCGGCGACGAAUACCUAUCUUGUUCGGGCGGGCAAUUGUACUGCCGUGACACUGCACACGGAGGCUACUUCAAUCUCAGUGGAUUUACCGGCUCGGGUGCAAGUGAGCUGUUAUGAUCAAUUCAACAAUUUGGCCGACGCUGCGUCGUACACAGCAAGCCUGACUUCCAACAGCACAGAACUGCUUAAUCUGGGCCCCGUUUCAAUCGUGGAGGGCUCAGGCGAGCGCUUCGUUCGAGCUCGCCAUCCACUCGCUGCCGUCAUUGUAGCGCAAGUGUUCGAUUUCGUCUCUGAACCCAAGCUUGUUCUUUUUGAGCACGGCACCGCCACACAUUUGGCUGUGACUACUUUCGGGCCUUGUGUGGCAGGCACAACGUGUGCCUUUGAUGUUGUUGCACUUGAUCAAUACGAGAAUGUGGAUAUCACAGCCUCAGGGACCGUGCAGACAACCCAAGUGGCCGGCGAAACUUUCCUCUCAAACAUCACAGCCGUGGAUCAAUAUGACAACAUCAACUAUGAUUUCAACGCUACAUUGCUGCUUGCCGUCAACGACAGUGCUAGCACUCUGUCGCUUGCUCAAGGCGUUGCAUCGUCCUCGCUCGUUUUGACUACAACCGGGUUGUACCAAGUAAUCGUUGCGGUGCAAAACGCGAGCGGUGUUGCUGCUGCAACCGAAAUAAUACAGUUGUUGCCAAAUGUGGCUGUGAAGCUGGCGCUUGCUCUGAACGAUUCCGCAACGGUUGAUGCACCUUCGUUUGUCGUUAUUACAGCCCGCGACGCAUACGACAAUUUUGUUCCCGACUUUGCCGACGCCUUGACUCUGCGGGUGGAUGGUGACGCAUGGCUGGCCAGCGCUCAGAUUGCAAUGCAUGAUGGCGUGGGCGUUGCUGUUGUACUGGCCACAACUCCAGCCGAUGUCACAGCUGUCGUGACAGAUUCUGUAUUGAAUCUAACCGCGUCCACAAAGCUUAGCUUUUCAUUUGCACCAGGUGCAACGGUGGGGUACAAAUUCAGUCUGGAGGCAAGCAAUCCUGUCGCAGGUGUUUUUGUUAAUGGCACUGUCAUUGCUUACGAUCAAUACAACAACACAGCUACGGCCGAGCAGCGUGAUAUCCGCCUUCUGGCCGAUGGAAGUCGCACAGGAGACAGCGUCAUUUUAGACCUGGCUGCGUCAACCUUCUUCGGGGCAGCCACCCUGGAUAUCCAAAACGGAACAGGUCAAUUUGCCGUCACGUCAUUUAGCGCCGAGACAGUCACUGUGUCGCUUGUGGAUUCCUAUGGCAUCGGAGGCCUCAAGCUGGAUUCAAUCAUCUUGCACUUUGUGCCUGGCACCCUGAUCCAGUGUAACUUGAGAGCUCAACAUUUUGUUCCUGAUACCAUUGCCCCUCAACUUCUUUCCUUUUCGUUUGACGGCAACGCCAGCCAGCUUCGGCUCACGUUCUCUGAAACGGUCAACAAAUCUUCUUUGAUCAUUGACCACCUAACUUGCCAAAGUUUGGAUGACAUUGACGAGAACUUUGUCGACUAUACCCUAACUACCCCCUUUGCUUUGCUGAAUCCCACCAUCGACGGCCCUGUCGUUCAAAUCAGAUUGAAUGACUUUGACGCCAACAACAUCAAGGCUCAAACUUCGCUAUACACAGCGCGCAGUACUACCUAUCUCAGCGCCCAGGCUGAUAUGAUUCGCGAUAUGAAUCAAAAUCCCUCAGUGCGCAUCGAGCCAACUUCAGCCUUACGUGCCACAACCUAUCAACGUGACGUCGUCGGGCCACGCCUUUUGGAUGCUGCUCUCAAUGCUUCAUCGUCUGUUUUGACCCUAAGCUUUAAUGAAGUGGUAGCCCUUGACUCGUUUGAUGUUUCCAAACUGAGCAUUAUUAGUAACUCAUCGAGCGUUGCAUUAUCUUCGGCUACUGUGUUGAAUUCUGCAACCUCGACCUCAAUCCAGCUCCAAGCCUCCAGCGCCGAUCGCAACGCCCUUCUUGCGUCCAAUAUGUUGGGGCAGUAUAUUGGCCAGACCCUCAGUGCCGUGGCCAGUGUGGGCCUCGUGUCCGACCUGACGCAGCCGACAGGAAAUGACAACUUGUUGUCCCAAGCCUCGUUUGAUCUUAGCUUCCCAGACGUUGUCCCGCCUACCGCAUUGGGGUUUACUCGCCUCGAUCUCUCCCAGGGCUCACUGCGCCUGAGUUUUGACGAGCCUGUUCAGCUCCCAUCCGCAGAGGCUGUCAUUAACUUGACUAGCAGUGUGACAAGCAAUUAUUCAAUUCCUGUCGUCAUUGCAAGCUCGUCGUAUGUUGACUCUACCAAGCAGAUUGUUGAAAUUGUGACCAAUCAGGCUACCUUGGACCAGCUUCGCGUCAGUGUCACGAUUGCGACAGCCGAAGCUACUUCAGUUAUCUAUGUGGAUCAAGCUGCCUUCCGCGACAUUUUUAACAACACGUUGACAGACGAAGUAUUUCUCAACUUGGCAACAGGCGGCUAUGUUGCCGAUACGCAGGCCCCAUCACUGGUCUCAAGCACGUUGGACAUGAAUGCUUCAACCAUUACAAUGCGAUUUGAUGAUGUUGUGGAUGUGACAACCAUUUUGCCACGUUACGCCAGUCUGCAAAGUGCUGCUACAGAUGACAGUUUGACGAUUGCUCUAACCAAUUCCAUCGUUCUGACUGCAACACCCUCGUCUAGGAUCAUCUUGCAGCUCAGCAGUGCCGUGGUUGACAGUCUAAAUGCCAAUCCCGGGCUGGCAAGCAGUCUUGCAAAUUCCUUUAUUGCACUGGAGUCGUCCUUUUGCAAUGAUUUGUCUGGUCUAGCGGUUCUACCUGUGGCCUCCACAAACGCGCAGCAGGUGACGGACUAUAUUGCAGAUGAAGUGGCGCCAGUCAUUCUUUCAGCAGAUCUAAACAUGAACACUGAUCGCUUUGUGCCUGUUUUUUCUGAGGUCAUCAAUGCCAGCAUUGUUUGUGCCAGCGAUAUCACAUUCAAUUUUACCGGACACGUGGAGAAUCUACAGACCACUUCGUGUACAACAAGCGAGCAUGCCCGGAGUCUCAUACUCAGUUUUUCAGCUUCGGAGUUUGGACGACUCAAAGUUGCAUAUGAGACGUGCAAUGGCUGUACAGUUCAGGCCACCUUUCACGAUGCUCCUCAGGAUAUGGCUGGGAACGUGGUGGCAACUGAUACUCUCCAAGCGACAGUUGUUUCCGACGUGACGCCACCAACGUUGUUGGGUUACAACUUGAACAUGGCAACCCGCGAGUUAACUUGCUCAUUUUCCGAGCCAGUGUCGCUAAGCAGUGUUGAGCCGACACUUCUUGCCAUCCAAAACCAUCCAGGCACGGAUAUUCAGUUGCCGCUUUAUCGCAUUCAACUGACCGGUGCUGCAAGUGUUGACAAGCCAGCACCAGCUGUCGUGCGUAUUGUGCUGAACGACGCCGACUACAACGCUUUGUCCCUCAACACAGCAGUGGCCGUUUCUGGCACAAGCACAUAUAUGACUGUCGCCGUUGGAUUUAUUGAUGACCUCUUUGGCAACAGCAUUCAGGCGAUCUCAGCUCUUCAAGGGACGCACACAGCAGACACAACUGCACCCGUGGUCGUCUCCUCGACUCUGGACCUUUCGACGCGUGAAAUCAUAUUGGUCAUGCGUGAACCUGUAGCUGUGAGUAGCGUUGCGCCCACAGCAGUUACGAUCAACGCCUCUGGCAUUGAGUAUAGUCUACAAUACUCGAGUGUGGUCACGGCUGUAAACGGGAUUUCAAUUACCAUCAGUAUUUCAAAGCAAGACUUUGAUUCGUAUGUGCUUCUUGCUUCUGGUACUGUGACUGCGCCAACGCUGCUGCUUGAUUCUGGGUUUUGUACUGAUAUGGCAAAUAAUGCCUUGAUUGGUUACAAUGAAGAGCCGAACACAUACAUCCCCGAUAUGAUUCCACCGACUAUGAUUGCUGGGCACCUUGAUUUGAGCUUGAACCAGAUCAACCUGACGUUCUAUGAACCAGUCAACAUGGCCAGCCUAAACCUGAGUGGAGUGGCUAUUGCGGAUGUCGACAAUGGCUCCCGCUAUGCUUUGGCUUCAAGUCUGGUCACAAGCUCAGAUGGCUUCUUUCUCGUCAUUGCCAUCUCUGAAGAAGACUUGCUGCCAAUUAAGCGCUCUGUGAGUAGUGCACGAGAUGCCGCAUCAAGUCUCAUUAGCCUGAGUGAGAAUGCCGUGAGAGACAUGACAGGUGUUGGUGUUCUCCUCACCACACAAACAGCAUCUUCAUACGUUGUGGACACCGUCUCCCCCAUUUUGAGAUCGAGCACCCUUGAUCUGAGCGCAGGUUCGCUAAAGCUGACGUUUGAUGAGCCUGUAAAUGGCAGCACGUUGGAUUUGAGCACCAUUACUGUCGCUGUCAGCAACGAUACAGUGGGGAGUGCCUCGCCUGACGCCUAUGCCCUCAGCGGUACGGGGGCUGUGAGCAACGUUAUCAACGAGGUUAUCACUGCUAGCCUGCUUGCUAUGGAUCUCAACGUGCUGAAGGCCUUGGUGCCCCUAGCUGAUGACAAAUCGACAACAUGGUUGCGAUUUGCCACUGCAACGGUUGCUGAUGUUGAAGGCAACGAUAUGGAAGCCGUGACUAGCAAUGUGCAGGUGACCACAUUCGUGGCUGACUCUGUUCGUCCAGUGGUCACCCGUGUGGUGCUUGACCUGGUGGAUGAGUACUGUGACCUCAACGUGACGUUUGAUGAGACGGUGAACGCGGAUGCCGUCGACCCUACUCGCAUCAGCUUCCAGCGCUCGGCCACAGCCGACGUUGCAAGUGACAUCUUCCUGGUGGGCGGUCAGGCCCUAAGCGCCAACAGCACUGACAUUCGUCUGCGGCUGGUCAAGGCAGACUGUGACCGUCUGAAGUUGGACACGACUCGUGGCACCAACGAGAGCACAACGUUUGUGUCAUUUGGCAACGGGGCAGUUGUGGAUAUGGCUCUUUCCCCCAAUGCGCUGAGCGCGGUGGUUGAGCAAGCCGCAGUCGUGGCCCCGGAUGUCACAGCUCCAUACUUGACUGCCUUUAUGUUGGACAUGAAUGCAGGCGUGGUGGUGUUGAACUUCAAUGAGCCUGUUAAGAGCGAGAGCAUCAACGCGAGCCAGCUCGUGUUCCAGACCGGCGCCACAUCGGGUGCCAGCGAUCGCUACCGCCUCACGGGGGGAGUGGUUGAGUCUAGCAAUGGGCUGCAGCAGACGUUGAAUUUGACGCUGACGGACUUGAAUGCUCUCAAGGUGCACGAGGGCCUGGCGGUCAGCAACUCGACCACAUUUUUGAGCCUGGGCUCUGGCUUUGUGCUGGACAUGGCCGACAAUGCGGUGACGCCCAUCAGCAACGGCCAGGCACGGCAGGUUGACGCUUACGUGCUGGACACCACACAACCUGUGCUCAGCCAGUUUGACCUUGACAUGAAUAUUGGCCGGUUGGUGCUCAGCUUUAGCGAGACUAUGAACACAUCUGGCUUUCAUGUAGAGCGCCUUCGCCUACAAGCAACGUCUGAUGCCACUGGCAACGACGUUUUUGCUUUGACAAAUGAAUCCACGCUUGUUGCAGGGCAGAUGGAUAGUCCAGUGAUCUCCAUUGUGCUGGGUCUGGCUGACUUGAAUGAGCUGAAGCGUUUGGAGAUUGGCAACAGUGCCGCACGCUCGUGGCUGACGCACGAGGCCAAUUUUAUGACCGAUCAACGCCGACAGGAGCUGAUCGGGCGAGUGACCGGCGUUAAUGCUCUUGGUGUGGGCACCUAUGUCGCGGAUACCACUGAGGCCGUGUUGGAAGACGCACGGUGGAACGUCAACACAGGCGAGCUGACUUUGUACUUUAGCGAAACGGUGCGGGCGGUGAGCAUGGAUACCACGCUUAUGCUUCUUCAGAACAGCAGUGCAGAGGGAGUGGGUGCCAGCGUGACACUUUCGAGCAGCAGUGUGGUUUCUUCGGGAAAUGGUGCCAUCCAAACUAUUCUGCUGAGUAUGUCAGACCUGAAUGCCAUCAAAGCGCUGCCCACACUGGGCGUCGACAUUGGCACGACGUUUGUGACCCUGCGAGCCUCAAGUGGAGUUGACAUGGUGGGCAACGUCAUCAACGGCACCACCGGACUGCAGGCUAGUGUGGUUGUGGUUGACACGACGGCACCACAGCUGACUCGUGUGUGUCUUAACCUAGACACCUUGACGCUCACCCUCAGUUUUGAUGAGACCGUGAAUGCUAGUUCGCUUGAUCUGGGACGUAUUGUGCUUGCGAACGGUGCAAAUGAUAGCGCCGUUGACUUUGCCUCAGUGCAGCUGGAAUCAAGCGAACAGACGGAUGGCGUGUACGACGCCGAGUUGGUGGCGCAUUUGACGGCACGUUCAGCAAACCAGGUUAAGCUACAGCCAAAUCUGGGCACGAGCAGUGGCACCACUUUUGCUUACUUGCUCUCGGCGGCCGUGGUCGAUAUGAAUGGUAAUGUAGCAAGUGCGCAGACAGUUGUGGACGGCAUUGCCGAUGCGGGCUGCUACACACCUGACACGACUGCACCGUUGUUGGAGAGCUUCAAUGUGUCCCUCGCGGACGACGGCAUCAUUGUUUUGUCGUUCAGCGAAAGUGUGGAUACGGGCAGCUUGGAUGGUCUCAAGCUGCACAUGCACGGCGCCGGUACGUUUGUUGCCAAUCAAGCGGCUAGCACCACUGUUUCUUUGGCGGGACUCAGUGUGGUGUCUCAGGAGUUGGAGUUUGUGCGUGUUGUCUUGUCGCGUACAUCGAUGGAUGCCAUCAAGGCGCUGCCUGAGGUGGCAUCAAGCCUCGGAACAUCGUUCAUCAGCGUUGAUGCCUCGGGCGUGACCGACAUGGCUGGCAACUCGAUUCUUGCCACAUCGACACCGGUCUCGGCAACGGCGUAUGUGGCAGACGCCACUGCUCCUGAGCUCGAUGGUUUUACUCUUGACAUUAAUGCCGGCCUGUUGGUGCUGUCGUUUAGCGAGACAGUGAAUGUAAGCAGCCUAGAUGUCCAGGGCAUCCAGAUGCAGAGCCAAGGCAGUGUGGUGACUGGCGAGGUCGUGACGCUUGUGGAUUCACGAGCAGCCGUCGGGGCGCCCUACCGUCCUGUGGUCACCUUGGAGUUGUCUGAUGCGGAUCUCAACAAUAUUAAGGGUGCUUGGAUGCUUGGGACGGAAAUUUCCAAUACUUUCUUGGCGGUGACUUCGGCGGUGAUUGUUGACAUGGUCAACGAGCCGCUUGUAGCCAUUGCAUCAACAGGAGCUUUGCAGGCAACGCAAGUGACUGGUGAUCAAACGGCACCGGCAUUGGUUGGCUUUGAGCUUGAUCUGACCAGUGAAGUUCUUACGCUGAGCUUUGACGAGACUGUCAAUGCCUCGAGUUUUGAUGUUACCGGACUGGCGCUGCAGGCAAUGGGCGAUGCAACAGGUGCUGGUGUUUUGGACCAGUAUCAACUGACGGGACAUGCCGGCAUCACCUCAUCGCAGCUGGUGAUUAAUGUGACCUUAACGGUGACCGAUCUGAACGAGGUCAAGCGCCGCACAGGGCUUUGCACCUCGGUGGCGGACUGCUUUAUCCGCGCCUCAUCGGCAACCGUGGCUGAUAUGGCCGCAAACCAGCUGACGUUGAUUGCGACUGAUGGUGGCCUUGCCGCACUGGCAUUUGUUCCUGAUGCAACUUCCCCUCAACUUGUCAACUUUUCCCUGAACAUGGACACCAACACCUUGACCUUGACAUUUGACGAAAUCAUUUCGUAUGCAUCUUGCAACAUCACCUUUAUCACCUUGGCAGGCGACGCAGCUGGAAACAACCCUGUGCCUCUUGGCGACGCUCAAACAGCUGUUACAUCGAAUGUUUUGUCAACAGAAAUCACCAUUGCUUUGGGCAAGGCCGAUCAAGAGGCCAUCAAGCUUCAGGCUUCUACGGCUACGUCCUCGUCUGAUACCUUCAUUUCCAUCGGUUCUGGUCUGGCUACGGACGUGAAUGGUAACGCAGUCGUUGCCAUUGUGCACCCAAUGACUUCACUUCUUGCUGUCAGUCAAUUUACUGCCGAUGCUACAGCCCCCGAGCUGAUGCAGUUUGACGUGAACUUGACCGCUGCACGCGUGGUCCUGAGCUUCUCAGAAUCAAUCAAUGCAUCCAGUCUGGUUGCUUCGUGGAUAACAUUUUCCCUGAAUGGGAGUGCAGCCAGCGUCAAUUAUUCUUUGACCGGCUAUGCGCAUGUUUCCGAAUCAUCGCCUGUGCUCACUCUUGAUUUGAGUCGGGUGGAUGCCAAUGAGCUCAAAUCACAGGGUAUCCUUCUUGAUGCAUCCACCAGUGUGCUUUCACUGAGUGCAGGGGCUGUUGCGGAUAUGCAGGGCAAUCCGAGCGUGGCAACGCUCCACCAGGCUGUUGGUGCUUAUACCCCAGAUGUGAAAGCGCCAGAGCUGCUAUUCUCAAUGCUUAACAUGAGUGCUGGGUACCUCGACCUGUCUUUUGAGGAAGCAGUAGUGGCUUCCUCUGUCAAUGUCAGCAGGUUGCAAUUCCUGGCUGGGCCUGGUGGAUCCGUACCAAGCCAUCGGCUUUGGGUCUCGGGUGCGAGUGUUCAGAGCUUGCAUUCAACGCACAUUCGUGUUGUGCUGGGAGAUCUCAAUCUCAAUCAAAUCAAGGCCAUGUGGGAACUAGCGACCAGCACGAGCACCAGUUACUUGUCGCUGGCUGAGGGCUUUGUGACUGAUAUGUCUGGUGUUGCAAACCAAGGGUUUGAAAGCCGCAGCAUCAGCGUCUUUGUUGCUGAUUCUGUUCGUCCGGUGGUCACCCGUGUGGUGCUUGACCUGGUGGAUGAGUACUGUGACCUCAACGUGACGUUUGAUGAGACGGUGAACACGGAUGCCGUUGACCCUACUCGCAUCAGCUUCCAGCGCUCGGCCACAGCCGACGUUGCAAGUGACAUCUUCCUGGUGGGCGGUCAGGCCCUAAGCGCCAACAGCACUGACAUUCGUCUGCGGCUGGUCAAGGCAGACUGUGACCGUCUGAAGUUGGACACGACUCGUGGCACCAACGAGAGCACAACGUUUGUGUCAUUUGGCAACGGGGCAGUUGUGGAUAUGGCUCUUUCCCCCAAUGCGCUGAGCGCGGUGGUUGAGCAAGCCGCAGUCGUGGCCCCGGAUGUCACAGCUCCAUACUUGACUGCCUUUAUGUUGGACAUGAAUGCAGGCGUGGUGGUGUUGAACUUCAAUGAGCCUGUUAAGAGCGAGAGCAUCAACGCGAGCCAGCUCGUGUUCCAGACCGGCGCCACAUCGGGUGCCAGCGAUCGCUACCGCCUCACGGGGGGAGUGGUUGAGUCUAGCAAUGGGCUGCAGCAGACGUUGAAUUUGACGCUGACGGACUUGAAUGCUCUCAAGGUGCACGAGGGCCUGGCGGUCAGCAACUCGACCACAUUUUUGAGCCUGGGCUCUGGCUUUGUGCUGGACAUGGCCGACAAUGCGGUGACGCCCAUCAGCAACGGCCAGGCACGGCAGGUUGACGCUUACGUGCUGGACACCACACAACCUGUGCUCAGCCAGUUUGACCUUGACAUGAAUAUUGGCCGGUUGGUGCUCAGCUUUAGCGAGACUAUGAACACAUCUGGCUUUCAUGUAGAGCGCCUUCGCCUACAAGCAACGUCUGAUGCCACUGGCAACGACGUUUUUGCUUUGACAAAUGAAUCCACGCUUGUUGCAGGGCAGAUGGAUAGUCCAGUGAUCUCCAUUGUGCUGGGUCUGGCUGACUUGAAUGAGCUGAAGCGUUUGGAGAUUGGCAACAGUGCCGCACGCUCGUGGCUGACGCACGAGGCCAAUUUUAUGACCGAUCAACGCCGACAGGAGCUGAUCGGGCGAGUGACCGGCGUUAAUGCUCUUGGUGUGGGCACCUAUGUCGCGGAUACCACUGAGGCCGUGUUGGAAGACGCACGGUGGAACGUCAACACAGGCGAGCUGACUUUGUACUUUAGCGAAACGGUGCGGGCGGUGAGCAUGGAUACCACGCUUAUGCUUCUUCAGAACAGCAGUGCAGAGGGAGUGGGUGCCAGCGUGACACUUUCGAGCAGCAGUGUGGUUUCUUCGGGAAAUGGUGCCAUCCAAACUAUUCUGCUGAGUAUGUCAGACCUGAAUGCCAUCAAAGCGCUGCCCACACUGGGCGUCGACAUUGGCACGACGUUUGUGACCCUGCGAGCCUCAAGUGGAGUUGACAUGGUGGGCAACGUCAUCAACGGCACCACCGGACUGCAGGCUAGUGUGGUUGUGGUUGACACGACGGCACCACAGCUGACUCGUGUGUGUCUUAACCUAGACACCUUGACGCUCACCCUCAGUUUUGAUGAGACCGUGAAUGCUAGUUCGCUUGAUCUGGGACGUAUUGUGCUUGCGAACGGUGCAAAUGAUAGCGCCGUUGACUUUGCCUCAGUGCAGCUGGAAUCAAGCGAACAGACGGAUGGCGUGUACGACGCCGAGUUGGUGGCGCAUUUGACGGCACGUUCAGCAAACCAGGUUAAGCUACAGCCAAAUCUGGGCACGAGCAGUGGCACCACUUUUGCUUACUUGCUCUCGGCGGCCGUGGUCGAUAUGAAUGGUAAUGUAGCAAGUGCGCAGACAGUUGUGGACGGCAUUGCCGAUGCGGGCUGCUACACACCUGACACGACUGCACCGUUGUUGGAGAGCUUCAAUGUGUCCCUCGCGGACGACGGCAUCAUUGUUUUGUCGUUCAGCGAAAGUGUGGAUACGGGCAGCUUGGAUGGUCUCAAGCUGCACAUGCACGGCGCCGGUACGUUUGUUGCCAAUCAAGCGGCUAGCACCACUGUUUCUUUGGCGGGACUCAGUGUGGUGUCUCAGGAGUUGGAGUUUGUGCGUGUUGUCUUGUCGCGUACAUCGAUGGAUGCCAUCAAGGCGCUGCCUGAGGUGGCAUCAAGCCUCGGAACAUCGUUCAUCAGCGUUGAUGCCUCGGGCGUGACCGACAUGGCUGGCAACUCGAUUCUUGCCACAUCGACACCGGUCUCGGCAACGGCGUAUGUGGCAGACGCCACUGCUCCUGAGCUCGAUGGUUUUACUCUUGACAUUAAUGCCGGCCUGUUGGUGCUGUCGUUUAGCGAGACAGUGAAUGUAAGCAGCCUAGAUGUCCAGGGCAUCCAGAUGCAGAGCCAAGGCAGUGUGGUGACUGGCGAGGUCGUGACGCUUGUGGAUUCACGAGCAGCCGUCGGGGCGCCCUACCGUCCUGUGGUCACCUUGGAGUUGUCUGAUGCGGAUCUCAACAAUAUUAAGGGUGCUUGGAUGCUUGGGACGGAAAUUUCCAAUACUUUCUUGGCGGUGACUUCGGCGGUGAUUGUUGACAUGGUCAACGAGCCGCUUGUAGCCAUUGCAUCAACAGGAGCUUUGCAGGCAACGCAAGUGACUGGUGAUCAAACGGCACCGGCAUUGGUUGGCUUUGAGCUUGAUCUGACCAGUGAAGUUCUUACGCUGAGCUUUGACGAGACUGUCAAUGCCUCGAGUUUUGAUGUUACCGGACUGGCGCUGCAGGCAAUGGGCGAUGCAACAGGUGCUGGUGUUUUGGACCAGUAUCAACUGACGGGACAUGCCGGCAUCACCUCAUCGCAGCUGGUGAUUAAUGUGACCUUAACGGUGACCGAUCUGAACGAGGUCAAGCGCCGCACAGGGCUUUGCACCUCGGUGGCGGACUGCUUUAUCCGCGCCUCAUCGGCAACCGUGGCUGAUAUGGCCGCAAACCAGCUGACGUUGAUUGCGACUGAUGGUGGCCUUGCCGCACUGGCAUUUGUUCCUGAUGCAACUUCCCCUCAACUUUCGGAAUUCUCGAUUGAUGCCUCCUUGCGUCAUUUACUUCUUACGUUCAACGAAGCAAUUCUUCCAUCUUCACUGACCCCACAAUGUCUGCAACUUUGCGAUGAUGCAUGCUUUCCUCUCAUUUCUUUGGACAUCAGUCCUACCAACACUGUUUGGACUCACUACAGCUUGACCCUCGAUGACUUUGAUCGUGUCACUUUCAAUGGUGUGUGUACAUCCUCGUCGACUUGUCAUUUGCAAAGUAAUUGCUCCUUUGCAAAGGACGCCAACUUCAACAGCGUGGGCGCUUUUGCUGGCCAGUCAAGCAAUGUUUUCGCUGACACCACGCCACCCCGACUGGUCGAAUGGUCUUCGAUUGACUUCAAUUCUGGAGCUCUUACACUCUCAUUUGACUCAGCUGUCAAUAUCAGCACUUUCAACUUUUCGCGUCUCAAGUUGGCUUCGUUCGUUUACAACCCGGCUCAAGAAGAAGUGUUUUCUGGUGUGGAUGCUUCAGCAGUCUCAAUGUCAGAUGAUGGCUUGCUCAUGACUCUUCAGUUGCCACACGAGGUCCUUUUUAGCAUUGUUCAGAAAGUUCAAUUGUGCACAAGUGCUGGUACCUGUUGGUUGCAUUUGGAGACAGGAUUCGUGCAAGAUAUGUACGGCAAUAGUCUUUCAAGACUUGCCAGUUCUGUUGUGACACAAUCCUUUACGCCAGAUACGACUCCUCCUGUUGUUUUGAACGCAACAAUGAGUGUCGAAUCACGUCUUAUCCAACUCCAUGUGACCGAGCCGGUGGUACCUCAGGCGAUUGCAAAACCAGUUCAGCUUGCUUCGGAGAAUCUUGCAACAAUCCUGACGCUUUCAUACGUAUCACAGCAAAGCGACACGGUCUUUAGUUAUCGAUUCAGUGAAGCAGAGCUUCUGAGCCUCAAGAAAGACCCCGCUUUCGAUACAGACGGCUUGCUCUUGCUUUUUGCUAACGCUUCUUUUGAAGAUCGGUUUGCAAACGAAAAUCUCGACCAGACGGUCGCUGUGCAUAUUGUGAGCAGAGAUACCACUGCUCCUGUGGUCCAGAACGCCGUCCUCAAUUUGGAUGAGAACAUCUUGAUUCUUGCGUUGUCCGAGCCGAUUGUAAAUUCUUCCUUUCCUUGCGAUUCCCUUGCUCUGUACGAUCAAACCUCCAAAGAAUUCGUGACACUUUCGUGCGACCGAAUCUUGUUUGGGUCAACUCGAAUGGAUGUUGAACUCGAGUUGACGCAAGAAUCGCGAAGGCAGAUUUACAAUCGAGCCUUGGACGUUGCCCCUCGCUUGCUUCGAGUGGCACAAGGUAUCUUUGUGGAUACCAGCGGAAAUUUCAACGAUGCAGAGAAUGAGACAAUCUCGUCAAUUAUAGCCGAUGCAACAAAGGCGGAAUUCAUUGCAUUUGACUUUGAUGCGGAUGCCGGGCAAGUGACUUUGUACAUGAGUGAUCUUGUGACCACGGCCUCAGUCAAGCCGCGUGAGCUUUCCAUAUACUGCGAAGAAUCAGUCAUUUUCUCGCGCGAGGACCUCACUGUGCUUGAUCAGUCAGGAUGGUCAUAUAGUAUUGUUCUCAACAUGAGCAUUGAUCAACUGAACGCCAUCAAGAGCUCUGAUUGUUAUCCCUAUAAUUCUUCCCUUCAAGUUGGAGCAACAACGCUACUGGCUUCAGAUACGGUCGGCACUGGCAUUGCCGUUGAGCGCUCAUAUCUUAAUGUUCAAACUAUCGUUCAAGAUCAAACUCCGCCGGAACUAUUAAACGUGGUUCUGAAUGUGGAUCAGCUUGUAUUGAGUUUGACCUUUAGUGAGCCAAUUCGCGACAGCCUUGCAAAUGCAAGCUCUGUCUCUCUUACCUUGAAUCAGACGUCGACGAUUGUGCUCAGUUCAGCAACGCUGACGAGCUACGAUCACAUGGUUGUGGAUCUGAAUGUCAGUGAUUACGAAUACCAACUCAAGUUGAAUGGAGUUCAUAGCGUUAUGGUAACUGUCGCCUUUUUGUCAGAUGCUUUUGUGGACUACGGCUACAACUCCUUUUCAGGCCCGACGUCCAAAGCGGUCACAGUGCUUCAAGACACAGCGGCACCUCGCUUAACAGAUUGGGAGCUGAACAUGACUGCUCAAACAAUCACAUUACAGUUUUCAGAACCAAUCAAUCCCCACUCGAUCGAUUCGUCCAUGCUCCUGCUUCAUGCAACCGCCUUCCCAUCAGAUGAUACCUGCUCCUCUUGUGCAAGAACCGGCGCAUCAAGUGGUGCAUGUACUGCUUGUAGCGACCCGGCGUCAAUUGCUCAGGUCUCUUUAAACGAACUUGUGCUCACACUCUGGGAGGCAGAUUUUGUCGUGCUGACAAUGGAUCCACGCCUAUUUGAUGCCAUCUCGAGCUCUGCAGCAGCCCGCUCGAGUGCAACUUCAUUUUUAAGUGGGCAACAGUUUGUUCGUGAUAUUGCUGGAAAUGCCGUUGAAGCUGUGAAUCCGGACGCACCGAUGCGCGUGGCCACUUACGUCCACGAUUCGAUUGCUCCCACCAUUCUGUCUGCCAUCCUUGACUUAAACUCAUCAACAUUGACGCUCAACAUAUCUGAGGCUUGCAAUUUGUCUGCAAUUCAGGCGGAUUAUGCCGCCAUCUCAGUUGGUGUCGAAGUCAUCACAUUGCUUCUCAACAACAUGCGCCAAGUUGAUUUUCGGCAAGUGAGCGCGACAUUCACAGACGCGAACUUCAACGCAAUUGCACUUGCCGAUAGCUUGGACUUCAAGCUUUCUGUAGCAAGUGGACUUUUACAAGACUGGAAUGCAAAUCCAACGAAUGCUCUUAGUAACAUGACUUUCUCCAGCAUUAAACAAGAUGUGACUCGACCAUUUGUCACCAAUUCGUCGCUAAAUAUGGCAAGUGGUGUCUUAAUUCUGAUGCUAAGUGAGCCAGCGAGAGCCACCUCGAUUAUACCAGCCAAAAUAGCGAUUAAAAGCUCUGCAAGUUCAACAACACCAUACUUUCUCUCAAGCAGCAAUGCUCAGCACGUGAAUGGACUUGAAGUUAUCAUCAGUCUAUCGAAUGCUGAUUCAAACAAUAUCAAACGUGUCACAGAUGUUGCACGAUCGAUCAACAGCAGCUCAUAUCAACUACUGAGCAGCACGUUUGCAGACAUGUAUGGCAAUACGAAUUUUGAGUUGAAUGGAGAUUUCUCAUCAUACACUGUGGACACCGUCUCCCCCAUUUUGAGGUCGAGCACCCUUGAUCUGAGCGCAGGUUCGCUAAAGCUGACGUUUGAUGAGCCUGUAAAUGGCAGCACGUUGGAUUUGAGCACCAUUACUGUCGCUGUCAGCAACGAUACAGUGGGGAGUGCCUCGCCUGACGCCUAUGCCCUCAGCGGUACGGGGGCUGUGAGCAACGUUAUCAACGAGGUUAUCACUGCUAGCCUGCUUGCUAUGGAUCUCAACGUGCUGAAGGCCUUGGUGCCCCUAGCUGAUGACAAAUCGACAACAUGGUUGCGAUUUGCCACUGCAACGGUUGCUGAUGUUGAAGGCAACGAUAUGGAAGCCGUGACUAGCAAUGUGCAGGUGACCACAUUCGUGGCUGACUCUGUUCGUCCAGUGGUCACCCGUGUGGUGCUUGACCUGGUGGAUGAGUACUGUGACCUCAACGUGACGUUUGAUGAGACGGUGAACGCGGAUGCCGUCGACCCUACUCGCAUCAGCUUCCAGCGCUCGGCCACAGCCGACGUUGCAAGUGACAUCUUCCUGGUGGGCGGUCAGGCCCUAAGCGCCAACAGCACUGACAUUCGUCUGCGGCUGGUCAAGGCAGACUGUGACCGUCUGAAGUUGGACACGACUCGUGGCACCAACGAGAGCACAACGUUUGUGUCAUUUGGCAACGGGGCAGUUGUGGAUAUGGCUCUUUCCCCCAAUGCGCUGAGCGCGGUGGUUGAGCAAGCCGCAGUCGUGGCCCCGGAUGUCACAGCUCCAUACUUGACUGCCUUUAUGUUGGACAUGAAUGCAGGCGUGGUGGUGUUGAACUUCAAUGAGCCUGUUAAGAGCGAGAGCAUCAACGCGAGCCAGCUCGUGUUCCAGACCGGCGCCACAUCGGGUGCCAGCGAUCGCUACCGCCUCACGGGGGGAGUGGUUGAGUCUAGCAAUGGGCUGCAGCAGACGUUGAAUUUGACGCUGACGGACUUGAAUGCUCUCAAGGUGCACGAGGGCCUGGCGGUCAGCAACUCGACCACAUUUUUGAGCCUGGGCUCUGGCUUUGUGCUGGACAUGGCCGACAAUGCGGUGACGCCCAUCAGCAACGGCCAGGCACGGCAGGUUGACCUUUUUAUUGAUGACACUUCAUUGGUCUCCCUGCAAAGCUUCAAUCUUGAUAUGAGCCGUGGCCGAUUGACAAUGUUCUUCUCUGAGGUUGUCAACCACCAGUCGGCCAAUCUUUCAAGCAUCGUUCUGAGCUCAAGUUCUUCCGGAGGCACUUCUGUUCGCUUAAGCAACAGCGUGCAUCUUCUUUACGCAAGAGAUGCUGCUUUUUUAACAUUCCUUUUGGCCGAUCAAGACUUAAAUGCUCUGAAGAUGUCGGCUGUUGCUUUGACCAAUGCAACAGCCUUCUUGCAUAUGACCGGUGACUUUAUUGUUGAUCAAAAGGGCAAUCACAUCCAGCCCAUUGUUGUCGGACGCCUUCCGGCAAUUUUCAUCCCAGAUACUGUGAGGCCUUUCGUUCUGUCAGCAACUAUGAACAUGUCAAACAUGAUUGUAUCGUUCACGUUUUCUGAGGCCAUCGAAGCAAGCUCAGUGAAUGUAAGCAGCCUAACUUUAUUGAAUGCGGAGAAUCAGGCCGUAUUUGUGCAGGCCACAGCCAUUUCACCCUCGACGACGGAAGAUGGAACAAUUUUAAGCGUUGCUGUUGGGGAAGCUGAUGCCAACUUACUCCGUGAUUAUACCCCCUUUGGCUUCAAUACUUCAUCCACGCGCUACAACUUGCAAAUGACCUUUACUCGUGAUCAUUCCGGCAACCUGGUGACUCCAAACGCGAGCACUUUUGAUGCUGUGGUGCUGGACACCGUUCAGCCGGCAGCAGUGGACUUUGUACUGAACCUGACGAGCAAUGAGCUGGCCGUUUUCUUCUCGGAGACCAUGGACCCUGCUCGCUUCAAUCUGUCGGCCUUGCAACUGUGUGGAGAUGAUCAAUGUGUCUUCCUAAGCAAUGCUUCUCUCGUUGAACGCAUCAAUCUCACUCAGGCUAGGAUCACACUCGAAGGAGACGACUUGUUUGAACUUGAACGACAAACCUCCACCUGCGUCAACGCAAAUAGUUGCACCUUGUUGAUGGAGACGCUUGCUGCACAAGACAUGUUCGCCAAUUUGGUCCAAGAAGCGGUCCUUCUUCAACCAUCUAUGUUUGUAGCAGAUUCAGUUCGGCCACAACUCACGCGUUUGGCUAUUAAUCUGGACACGAUGCAAUUUACACUCUUCUUCACAGAAGUCUUGAAUCGCACAACCAUUCAGUUGUCGCAACUCUUCUUGACUGGAUUUGGCGCUGAGUUUGGAUUUGAGGAUACCGAGACCACGGUCGUACAAGCGCGUAACGAGCCUUUCCUGCGAUUGCAACUUUCGAACAAUGCAGCUGCUGAUUUAAAAAAUCAGCUUGAUGAUGAGAGCUUGUCCAGCUUUUCCUCCUUUGGUGUGCGCCUCGCUUCUGACUUUGUCCUUGACAUGGCGGGCAACCCGUCCUGGCCUGCAAGCAUGAAUGUGUCUGACUUUAUAGCUGAUAGCACUUCACCCGUUGUUGCAUCGAGCAUUGUUAACCUGACAAGUCGGGUGGUCACCUUGUGCAUGUCUGAGCCGUUGGUGGAAGCAAGCCUCGAUUCAAACGCCAUAAGCAUUGGGGACGGUACGACAAUGUACCAGCUGCCGCCUGGUCUCAGCAUUGUGGAGCAACGACGCAGCUGCUAUGAAAUUGUGCUGAGUGAUGGUGCUUUCAAUUCGAUUGCUGCAAGUGAUGUCAUUGGCCACUCGGCAUUGACAAGCACGCUGAGCAUUCAAGCUUCCUUUGGUGUUGAUGUCUAUGGCUAUCAAGUAUCUGCCUAUGAUCAAAUUGCCGAUAUCUUUGUGCCUGACGAAGAGCAACCCAAUCUGGUUCAUGCCAGCAUCAAUCUGACCACUGGAUUGGUGUACGCCACGUUUCACGAGCCAAUGCGCUUAAGCUCAGUGAAUACCAGCCUGAUUUGUGUUGUGGGUGGCCAAGUCGAAGUUUGUUUGUCGGGCAGUGCUACAAGCCAGCCCCUCUCCGUCUUGAACUUGCAGCUGGACAUGCCCAAAAUCCACUUGGACGCGAUGAAGCAGGCUGAACUAUGCAUCUCGUUGACUUGUUCUCUCCGCUUGCGCAAUGCGGCCCUUCAAGAUAUGUAUGGCAACCAGAUUGCAGACGUCUCUCGCGUUUUUGACGAAGUCGGACCGGAUCUGGUGGCACCUGUUCUCGAGAGCUAUAGUGUCGAUAUGGACGCAAAUAUUGUCUCGCUCAGUUUCUCGGAGCCUGUUGUGUGCACAACUUUUGAUGUGACACAGCUAUAUGCCCAAGUCGGCAUGACAAAUGUUCUGUCCCCCAGUGACCCGCGCUUGGCUUUGACCGACUCUGCCCCUGUAAACUGCAACAAUACACUUGUUGUUGGCGUACAACUCUCACGAACUGACGCAACUCGCAUCAAAUCUACUGACGUGAGUUUGUGGCGCUCACGGUCGAAUGCUUGGCUCUUCCUCGAUGCCCUGGCAGUUCAAGAUGUUAGUGGCAAUCCCAAUAAUGUCUAUGACCCCAAUGUGCCGGCCACGAGCUUUUCUGCCGAUGCUCGUGCGCCAGAGCUCGUUGGCGCCACUCUCGACUUGCAGGCUGACCGCCUUGUGACUGUAUUUGACGAGCCAAUCGUGCUGUCAUCCGUCACGCUACCUCGAUUUGUGGUGUCAAAUGGGACCCAGGUGGUUUAUCUGUCCGCAAGUGGCACCGCCUUGCUCGGUCCCAACAAGACAGUGGUGUGGUGUUCACUGACUGCUGUGCGCGACACACUAGUUGGAGUGUAUGACUUCCAUCUCAACUCAUUGUCAGUCUAUGUUCUCAGCUCCGCUGUAGCAGAUAUCGCAAACAACGCAAACGCAAAUAGCACAAUGGCUCUUUCUGUAAUCAGCGACAGUGUGGCACCACAGCUCGAGGCCAGCACCUUGGACUUGCACACCGACCGUCUUCGGCUAACUUUUGAUGAGGCCGUACAAUUGAAUGCCUUGGACGUUGUGAUUCAUGGCGUGAACUUGUCGACCUUGGUACCUGCAAACACGGCUGAGUAUGGGAACGCGGCACGUACGGUUUUGGUCCUUAGCUUGACAAGCACCAAUAUUCUGGACUUGGCUCAGGCUCGCCAUGCUUACCCUGCUGACACACUUCGCGUUCAGCUGCCCGAGCAUAUGUUGAUGGACUUGAGUGGGAACAAUUUGUCAGCAGCCAAUCAUUCUAUAACAGCUAUCACGGCGGAUGCUCGUCGCCCUCAGCUUGUCAGCGCUGACCUAAAUAUGGAGCUGGGCUACCUCGUGCUCAGCUUUGAUCGCCCUGUGGAUGAGAGCACUUUAGACACGGCUUCUGUGAUGGUCUUGGCAAGCCCUUCUUUGACGAGUGCAGAAGUUGUUCUGGCUUCUUCGAGUCCUGCAUGGUUUGAGGGGUAUAACAUUUCGAUUGCAAUCUCCAGAAGUGAUAUGCUUUCUCUCAAAGAUGCCGCAACGUUGGCAACAAAGCAGGCCAGCACUUAUGUGCGCGUGCUGUCGUCGGCAAUCCAAGGCCUCAAUGCUCAACCAGUCAUUGCCUUGACGCGAACUGCCGCCAUCAUGGUGUCGGAUUACGUGCCCGAUAGCACCGGGCCAGCUCUGUUACAGUUGGCUGCCAAUUGGAACUCUGGCGCCCUUGUGAUGCAUUUCGAUGAGCCUGUCAAUGUUACCUCUUAUCUGCAAGCUGGUGUUUCGCUUGGCAAUGCGUCGCAGACACUGAUGGGCAUUUCAACUGGCCCAAUGACCAAGCUCAAUGCCACAGCUUACCAAACUACCAUAUCAACGGAUUGGCUGAACGCCUUGAAAAGUGCUAGGCUGGCCACAUCACCCUUUGGCUGGCAAAUCGAUUCGGUCUCAUUCAUUGCGGAUGUGGCGGGCAAUGCCUACCGCAGUCCACUCGGACAAUUUGUGUUUGGCCACACCUUGGCACUGGAUACGACUCGCCCGACAUUUGUGAGCGCCGAGCUGGAUAUGGAUGCAGGCAUUGUGGAAAUAACUUUUAGCGAGGCGGUAGAUGCCAGUUGUCUGCAACCAACGCGAUUAACCGUUCAAUCCACAGUUUUAAGCACUGGUACAAACAUUAAUCCGGAGCUGGCUUCCGUGCUACAGUUAACAAACUCAACGGUCUUAUCCCUGGAGCUUUCGCGAUCAGGAUUGAAUGCCGUGAAGCGAGGAUUUGUGGCGCGUAGCAUCUCCUCGGCUUGGCUCAAUUUGUCGACAGCCUUUGUAUGCGAUUAUGCGGGCAAUGCACUCGCUCAACAGUCCGUCGUGCAACCAACCACCUUGAUUCUUGAUCAAAGCGGGCCUGUUCUGAUUGGGGCCGAAGUUAACCUAAGUACGAUGGUGCUGGUGCUUGAGUUUGACGAGCCCGUUCUGACUAGCCUUAAUGGAUCGGGCUUGCGAGUCAGUCAGCCGUCUGCUUCGGAUUUGGUUGUUUACAACCCCGUCGUGGCCGUUAGUCACGAGGUGGUGAGCAUCACUUUGUCCUCUGAACAGGUGCUCGCCUUUAAAACAGCGCUCAAACUCACACGCCCUGUGAGCCUUGCGCUCUAUGCUGGCAUGGCCCAAGAUCUGGCAGCCGUUCCAAACCCCAACGCUAUGCAGAGCCUUGCAACGACGGUUCAUCCCGACGUGGUGCCUCCGACGCUACUCAAUGCAAGCGUGUUUGCAGCAACGGGAUACUUUGUGCUUACGUUUAGCGAGCCCGUUCAGCUUUCCAGCGUCAAUCUUUCUGCCCUGACUGUUGAAAACGGCACUCUCGCCAUGGCGGUUGAGGGAACUCUAUCUUCCUCGACUGGUGUGUCACAUUUGGUCGAGUUUACGUUGCUGACUGCCCAGCUCAAUGCAUUCCGCGCCUUUGAAGAGUUCUUCAACGCUGCCUCCACAACAAUACUCAGCGCGUCCGGAGCUUUAGCAAUGGAUACUUCAAACAACUCAGCUACAGUGACGCAGAGCUUGGUGCCUGGACGUUUUGAGCUGGACACGGUGCAACCCCAUGUCCUUAGUGCUCAAUUUGAUUUUGACUCUCAAAUCCUGCUUCUACGUGUCUCCGAGUACGUGGCCCGGGACGCCGUUACCGUGGCACAUGUGGCUGCAGCCAGUCUUGAUGGGACCCUAUCAGUGCCGUUGACAGAUGCGAUUGUCGCAAACAACGCCAGUGCACCUCAGCUGGUGAUGCUGCUCGGCAAUCAGAGUGUCACCGCUAUGAAAUUUGCCGGACUUCAGACCUUUGUCCUAUCAUGGAACAGCGGCUUUUUCAAUGAUGUCUUUGGUCAACCGGUGGAGCCGCGUGCCUUUCCAAACGCGCUGAUAGUCGACCCAAUUGGAAGCGACACGCAGGUCCCGAAUAUCGUCACAGUUGAGCUGGACCUGAGCCGUGUUGUGCUGACUCUUGUAUUCAGCGAGCCAGUCUCCAUCACAGAAGCCCAAUUGGCCUUGUUGCAGCUCCAGCGCUCGGAUGGCAGUGCAAACAUCACAACAGGCGUCUUGUCCGAAAGCGCUGUUGGCUCAGACUACGAUCGCCGCUGGACGCUGCCUUUGGUGCCUGCUGCUCAUGACCAGGUUGUGAAUGCCAUUUUUGCAGGCCAUGCGCACUUCGCAGCUGCGCUACCGGCCACCUUGGCGGUUGAUCGGUUUGCAAACCAAUUUGAAUCCACCCUGGCCUCACUGGCACUUGUGAAUGACACUUUGUCGCCGCAUCUGACCACAGUGCAUCUCAACCUGAGUAGUAACGUACUCACACUUGAAUUCAGCGAGCUCGUCGAUGAGCGCUCUGUUAGCCUGGCUUCGGCUCGCUUAUUCAUUGCCCCAUCACAGCCUGCUGUCCUCUCAGCAGCAACGAUGCAUCCUCCUGAGGACACACUCGUUCGCACGUUGUCAUUCAGUGUACCAGAUGACGUUCUCAACGUACUGAAGCGACAGGGUGCAAUUGAUAAUGCAACCAAUGUGUGGUUCGAGCCGGGCCCUGCACUUGUUACAGAUUUGUUCGGCAACAACUGCAAUUCUUCUGUCCGGGCCGUGACGAUCACAGCUGAUGACGCCGCGCCUCUCGUCUUGGCGGCAGAGCUCAAUCUCAAUGAUCCCUUGCGCCUGACAGUUCAAUUCAACGAGCCUAUCCUUCCAGGAACAGUUCAACCCGAGCUGCUGGCGCUGUACGACUCGUGGCUAGUAUCAGUUGAGUUGGCAGACACGACGCCCCUGACAUUGUCCAACGAGACCGUUGUUUUCACUUUAAGCGCUGUGCAGAGUAACAUGCUUCAACGGCAUGCUGUUUGCUACAACGCGAGUGAUUGCAUCUUGGAAUUACUCGCGGCAGCUGUCCAGGACAUGGCUGGCAACGCCCUUGCAGACGAAGACUUUUCGGGCAGUCAACUCACUAUUGUCAACGAUACUACCGCACCCUCUCUCGAUGCAUGCGCUCUUGAUCUAUCCAGUGGCAACCUUACUUUGACAUUUUCAGAGCCCGUGGCCAUCGCAACAAUAAUGUCCAACGGCGCUCACAUUCAGAAUGUGGCCAACCUGACAGAGCCUGUCCUUUUGGACUACCUCCUAAGCAUGUCUUCUUCUGCGGGCGAGGUGAUUGUAGGAUUUUCGCUGCGGAAUUCAACGCAGGCGCAACACAUGGCUAGUGUGACAGCCGCCGUUUGGAACGGCGUGUCCGGCGAGUUUGUCUUGAGCGGUUCAGGUACCAUGUUACUCGUGCAACCGGAUGGCACUCUAAACGCACCUAGCGACAGCAAUGGAUUGCUGGUCUUCCAGUCAGCAGCAGGUGUAUAUCCCCGCCGAACGCUGACACUCACGGUGGGCGAAGACUACAUCUACGGCACUGUACAGACGCAAGCAUCCGCAGGCAGCACCGUCUCCACCCAGCCGGGUCUUGUCGUCUCUUCAGAGUAUCGCGUGGCUGUGAUGGACGAUUAUCAGAAUGAGCGCGUGGCCGUUGCGCUGACGCAAUAUCAGACGCUUGGCCAGCAGACAAAUACAGAGGCUGUGCUCAAGUUGGGCCGUGACAACCUGAAUGCACUCAAGUAUGAACUUGGCGUAGCACGCUCCCCCGCAACGAGCUACCUCGUUGUGCCAGUGGGCUUUGUGCGCGACAACAUGGCCAAUGUUCUUUCUGAAGUGGCGCCUGCCAAUGCAAUGCUUUGCACGUUUACAGGCGACACUUCUGCUCCGUUGCUGGUCGAAUUUGAUGUUGACAUGAACGACGGCUCGCUGCGCCUGCAAUUUGACGAAGUCAUUAAUAGCUCCACCCUUAGCGUGGAGCAUAUCGCGUUUGGUACGCCGGCCGUGGGUUUUACCGGCAUCGACACCACUUUGGCUACCCUAACCGAGGCCGUCAGCCUGGUCUUGGCUCACAAUGUGCUUUCGACACUGAAAAUUCAGGCCGGCACAUUCCUAUCAGCUGGCAGUAGUCUGCUCCAAGCCCAAUCUGGAAUGAUUGUCGAUGUCGAAGGAAAUGCUUUUGUAUCGCAGGUCCUGAACGCCACCUCUUUUGUAGCCGACGUCACAGCCCCCGCCCUUGUGGCUCUGCGACUAGACCUGACUGAUCGCAUUCUUCAAGCUAAUUUCAGUGAACCCAUCUUGUCGACAAAUGUGGAGCACUGUCACUUUCAGCUACCAAAUGGCGCGAGGAUUAGCUCGCUGGCUGGGACUGUCGCUGCAUUGGCAUCGACGUUAUACGAGCAGCUUGAUAUAGCCCUACCAGAUUCGGUUAUUGAUAAUUUGACGCUGAGUCACACUGUACUUCAAAGCCCGCUCACAAUAGAGCUGGUCUGCAGCAUGGGAGCCUGGACGGAUGCUACAGGCAAUCCGUCGCUGACGGAAACACAUGCCGUCUCAGAUUUUAUCGCGGACAGCGUGGCCCCACUGGCCACCGAUGUGGUGCUGGACUUGAACGCGUUGACGGUAACAUUGACCUUUGCGGAGAACGUGAACGUCACCACGCUCAACAUGACCCGUCUUGUUGCCAUCAACGAGGCCAACUUAGGCUCUGCCGUGGCACUAGACGGAACUGUCAUGGCCCCCAAUGAUGGCCGUACGGUAGCAAUUGCACUGAGCCGUAUGACCAGCAACCAACUCAAGGCCGACACGCAGCUUUGCACGACUCUGGAAGAUUGUCAGCUGCAGCUGCUUGCCGGCGCGAUUCAGGACAUGUCAGGCAAUGGGAACCUUCAGAACACACUCAACGCAACUGCCCUCGUGCCUGACGUGUCACCCCCUGUCCUCAUCAACAGCACCCUCGACAUGCUACACCGCCGUCUUAUCCUAGAGUUUGAUGAGGUGUUAAACGCGUCUUCCGUCCUUGUGACCCAGCUCGGCUGGGAUAAUUUGGCCCCUUUUGCGGCUGUUCGCGUCGGUGAUGCUCGGCCGUCAACCACCCUUGUUUUGAAUCUAACUCAUUCCUUGUUCAACGCCAUGGCAAUCACACGGGCGUAUGUAAGCUCGGCAACCAGCGUUUUCACGCUCCCGCUGGCCUGGGCGCUUGAUAUGAACCAGAAUGCUGUUAAUGAGCUGGCCAACUUCACCGUCGCCCACUUUGUGGCAGACACUCAAGCCCCAGAUGUGCUCUAUACGGUCCUCAACUUGACAGCAGAGCAGGUGACCAUUGUUGUCAGCGAGGCAGUGGAUGCGUUGACCUUGAAUGCCUCGAGUCUCACUUUGGUGGGUGCGGCUGGAAGCACGCUGCGCUUGCUGGCUGAGCCACGUACUUUCAAAGCCAACGGAGAUGCCACGGUUUGGGUGCUUGACCUCUUGAAGUCCGAAGUUGACCUUUUGCAGGCUGAUCCUGCUUUGGCCGAGAACGCCAGUACGGCUGUGCUCCAAGUCGAAACAACUUUUGUGCGUGACUACGCCGGGAACCCAAUUUUGCACCACGAAGCGGAGGUGGAUGUGUUUGUCGCCGAUACCAUUACGCCUCGUUUGAACGAGGUGGUGUACAAUGCCACCGAUGGUUUGAUGACACUGAGCUUUAGCGAGGUCGUUUCUCCGACAUCGCUUAUCUUUGCUCAACUGACUUUCGGGGGUUUGUCGGUUGAGGCCGACCUUGUGACGACUAUGCCUGCCACGCAAGUGUCAGUGAAGUUGACCGCCGACACCACUGACGGUCUCAAGUACGCAAGACGUUGCCUCUCCGGCAUCUGUGAGCUAGUUGCCUCGUCUGGAUGGGUCAGAGACAUGGCUGGUAACCUUGCUAGUGGUUUGACCUUGGUGAACGCAACAGUGCUCAAUGAUACCGCUUUGCCUGAAGUACGGGCAGCAGUCGUGGAUAUGGCCCAGGGCCGCCUGACUCUCAAUUUCUCAGAGCCUGUGCAGGUGCCCACAGCCAAUCUGAUUGGUUUUGCUGCUGGCGCCUUGUAUCUUGAGGACGUGACGCCCGUCACUUGCCAUGACCUCAACCGCAGCUGCACCUGGACUUUGACGGACGUCACACUCUUUGCCGCGCAAGCGAAUGUCACUCUGAUGAUCGACGUGGGCUCCUCGAGUAUUUGGCUACUUGAUGGGGCUUUCUGUGAUCAGUCUGAUCUCUGCAGCGUGGCGAGCAAUUUCUCUGACGUGGUGUAUCUGGCUGAUACAGUUGCCCCUGCUAUUGUGGGUCUCGAAUUGAGCCUCAACUACACGAGUGUCGCUCGCUUAACGCUCGUGCUGUCGGAGGUCGUCAAUAUCAGUACCCUGGACGAUGCAUACAUCUCUUUUCUGAACCACUCAGGUGCCUCAACGCCUGUGACUGCUGCAAGCGGUAUCACCCUGAUUGCGGGUUCUGAAAAUGCUGCUCGACUAGAGCUUGAACUCGAUGCAGAUUUGACAGCCGCCAUUAAGCUACUGUCGCCAUUUGGCUUGCAGCUUAACUCGACCAUUGUGCGCUUUGAGCCAGCAGUAUUGCAAGACAUGGCCGGAAACAGUCUCGCUGCUAUGGUUGAGCUUGUACCGGAGCUUCUUGUUGUUGAUGACGUGGUACCUACCCCCGUUGGCUUUUCCGUGGAUAUGAGCACUGGCGUGCUCAGCUUGACCUUUGUAGAGCCCGUGUCUCCUGGCAUCGCCGUAUACUCAGGCAUUCGGCUCGGAGGUGCAGCUGGACAGUCACUGCCUUUGAGCCAUGCCACUGCCAGCUUGGUGACCAACGCUACCCAGCGACUGCAGGUCUUGCAGCUUAGCGAAGCCCUCGUACAGACGCUCCAAGCCGAUGCCACCAUGUAUAGUGAUGCCAACUCCACCUUCCUCAGUCUUGAUGCGGCUACCUUCGUGGAUGUGGCUGGCAACGCAGUGCUUGCACAGGCUAUCGAAUUGCUGGCUUACGCGCGCGACUCGAUUCUUCCUCAAGUAGUGCAGGUGAACAUGACAACUUUGCUCGACGGGAGCCAAGUCCUUCGCAUCGCACUGAGCGAGCCUGUGAAUAGCACUCAGAUGAACUUGAAUGGAGUGGUUCUCAACGCCACAGAGGGCUGUGUGGUGGCCAAUUGCACGUUUAACUUUGGCACGGACGCCUUGAGUGUGGCGGCACCGGCGGGCGCGUCCAUGACUUUUGAUCUGGUGUUGACGGAUGCGGAAACUGAUCGCUUGGAGCAAGCUCAGCUAUUGCGCUUCCAGCCGCUCACGUUGCUUGUUGAACUCCCGCCCUCCUUCUUGGUUGAUAUGAGCGGCAAUCCAUCCAUGGCGCAAGCCUUGGUGCUGGCGCAAUUAUCCAGCGAGGCACAGCCACCGUACUUGUCUGCAUCAGCCUUUGAUUUGCAGCGCGGGUCACUGCACCUGAACUUUGACGAACCAGUUGACUUUUCCACCUUGAACCUCUCCCGGGUCCUUCUCACAGACGGGCGUAACGACUCUGCAGCCCUGCCACUGACAGGUGCAGCGUAUGCGCCGCGCGUUUCCUCGGGCAUUAUGCUGCAGCUGACGCAAGUUCAACUCAAUGCCGUCAAAAGCCAGUGGCCAUUGUGCUCCGAGCAGGGUGUGUGCCAUGUUCAGCUUCUGGCCCAGGCAGUCUGGGAUGUGGCGCUGCUGCCCAACUCCAACGUUCUGGGUAUCUAUGAGGUGUCCACUUUUGUGGACGAUGAAGACCGUCCUCGUAUCGCAGCUUUUGAUGUGGACAUGACGACACGCCGGGUGCAUUUGUACUUCAAUGAGUCAAUCUACUUGCCAUCUGUAAAUCUGAGUGCCCUGCGUCUCGCCGCAGAUUCGGCAUCUGGAGCACCCAGUCUUGCGCUAGAGCAAAGCGAUAUUCUCACGACGACGAAUGCUUCUGAGGUGAUCCUGGCACUGCGUGCUCCGCUGUUUGAUGACAUGGUCUUCAACGGUAUUGCUGUGUCGUCAAGCACCACCUACUUGGCAGCCGAAGACGCUGCUUUCUUUGACACGAGCGAGAAUCCAAGCGUGGCGGCUGCGUUGGGCAUCAAUUCCAUUGCCGUUUCGACCUACACGGCUGAUGCUGCAUCGCCCAGCCUAAUCUAUAGCCGGCUUGACAUGACCGACGAAACCCUUACGCUCGUCUUCUCCGAGACAAUGUCUACGGCAAACCUCAAUUUUUCCGCCGUCUAUCUGGUCUCCAAUGCCUCUGGAGGGGCGGGAAUACCGCUGCCAGACUGCCUCAGCGCCUGCCAAAACCUGCCAGAAUGCCUGAUGGCAUGUCCAAACAACUACAGCGGAGCCGCAGUACGACUUCGGGCCGAGACCACUGCGACACAGACCAACGCCACUACGCUGGUGGCCUCGCUUCGUGUGCCCGACGUUCUCGACAUUCAAGACUUUGCCAACCUUGCCACAUCUGAUAGUUGGACCUGGUUGCACUUGGCCGGUAUUCCUUCCUUGGGCAGCGACGUGGCAGGCAACGCGGUUAUUGAUGGUAGCUGGCCUCUGUCGCUCGUCGUUCCGGAUACGACCCGACCCGAGCUGGUCGCUGCUGCUGUGAACAUGACCAACGAGACGAUAACGCUGACGUUUUCCGAAGUCAUGACUGCAGAAGUAAUGCCCAGUGAAUUUGUGUCCUUCGUGCCCGGGGACACCGCAAUGAGCAGCAGCUUUGUCGCUGUUCAUCGUGGCCCGGCUCAGGCCCAGCUGACAAUUGAACUAGCCCCGGCUUAUGUGCACCAGAUCAAGCUGCAGGGUCCCUUGCCUGGGCGCCUCACACUGAACAUGAGCAGUCAGAGUGCCCGGGAUGCAACUGGAAACCCCCUGCUGCCCGCUUUGGAUCAUGUGUUUGAUGAAGUUCAUGCGGAUACCAUUCCCCCCACCCUGACUAAGUUUACGCUUGACUUGACCGCUAACCUACUUCACCUGACGUUUGAUGAACCUGUGGACCUGUUGUCGCUGGAUCCAGCUCACCUUGCACUGAUCAGCAGCGCGGCUGGUCCUGUCUCUCUCGGCGGCAGCACGAGCGUUUCCGUGAGCGAUGGCCUCGAAAUAACAUUGGCUUUGCCACAAACUGUCAUUAACAACGUGACCCAAGAUGACAGCCUGUGCACGUCAGCCGCAAAUUGUGCUCUGGUAUUCGGUGGCUUUGUCACCGAUACCACUGGUGUCAGCAUCGUGCCGGCCUUUGUUAACAAUAGCGUCUUGGUUGGUGACACCGUGUCACCGGUCCUGCAGAGCGUUGCUUUGAACUUGGAUGUACGCACCCUGGAGCUCACCUUUAACGAGGUUGUGCGCUGCUCAGCGUUUGUCAUGAGUAAUCUCACCCUUUGCUCGAGCAUGAGUUGUGGUUCGGCUGUGCAACUGUCUUCCUCGCGUGCGCAGGCUGCGCCUUCCGUGCAAUGCGCUGUCGAUAUUGGAAGGGCGGAUUUCAAUAACAUCGCCACCACUCUUUCGCUUGGUCGCAAUUUGAGCGGAACUUGGUUUGCAAGUACGCGCAGUGCCUUGCUUGACAUGGCAGCCAAUCCGCUCGACGUGAGCAAUAUCCCACUGCAAGCCAGCGGCUUGGUGGUGGAUCAAACGGCUCCGAAGCUGGAAAACUUUUCGAUCGACAUGGAAGCCGGAGUCCUUACGCUUUCGUUCGAUGAGGCCGUGGACGUAGCCACGUUGGAUGUGUCGCAUGUAUGGCUAUCCAAUGCAGCAUCAAGCAUUCCUCUCUCCGGGGGCAGCGUGGUGCAGUUGGACAGUGAACGCAUUCGCGUCCUUCUCUCCAACAGCGACCUCAAUGACCUCAAAGCCCGCACGAUUUGUCGUUUCCCAUCCUCAUGCUUCAUGCACCUCAAUGCGACUGCAAUUGUGGAUAUGUUUGGCAAUGACAAUGCUGCUACCCCAGUGCCUUUGCCUGUGCAAGCCCACCAAGUGGACUCAACUCGCCCGAUGCUGACGAGCUUUGGAUUGGAUCUGGAUGCUUUGGAGUUGCUCCUCACCUUCUCCGAGUCGGUUAAUGCAAGCUCUCUACGCAUUGACCAGCUGACAAUCGGCGACUUUUUUGAGCCGACCUAUUCCUACACGCUGACCUCAAGCGCAGCCACAACGACAGCGGGCCCCAUCUUAGUCGUCAGGCUUAAUGAUGACGACGCCGCUGCUCUCAAGGUCAACGACCUGCUCGCCACGUCGCGCGUCAACACUUGGCUCAGUUUCCCAGAUACAACGGUGCUGGAUAUGGCUGCCAACCCCCACACGAUCGUUGGCGUGCCUUUGAUUGCCACGCUCUCAACUGCCAAGGCCGCACAUAGCUUUGUGGCCGACCGUACGGCGCCCCUGCUUUUGGACUUUACGCUGGAUCUGAAUGCACGCAAGCUUGAACUUAACUUUGAUGAGCCCGUGCGAGCCAGUACGUUCCAAGCUACACGCUUCAGCCUGAGCAAUGCCCACGGAAACCAGACGCUGACACUGAGCUCAAGCAGCACCAUUUCGGCCCUCGACGCCCGUAAUGUUACAAUAUCUCUUUCCAGCACUGACUUUGGCGCCCUGUCCGUGAGGCGGGAUCUUGGUCGUAGCCUCGCUUCUUCGGCCCUUCUUAUGGCCGACGGAGCGAUCCAGGACAUGAAUGCCAACCCCAUAGCCGAGCUGUCCCCAGCCCAAGUCGCCGUGGCCUUCUUGCCCGACAUUAGCGCCCCUGUGCUUGUCAACGUUGCUUUGAACCUCAACGAAGGCACGCUCACGCUUUUCUACGAGGAGCCGCUGGACAUGGCCACUGUGCGUCCAUCGCUGCUCAAUCUGACGUUGGCCAACUUCCAAACCAUUGCUCUUGACAACUUCAGUGCCGUGGAAGACAAGGUCAGCGGGCGCUCAGCAAAUGGGGAACUUGUCUUUGCACCCGAUCCGGUGGCCUGGGUCGACACGACCGGCGUGGUUAUUGCCCUUCGCAAGGCAACUAUCGAUGUGUUGCGCAACAACGCUCCAGUGUUGGAGGCAUCGGGCUUUGUUCUGGGUGUUGGCGCAGGUUUUGCGUUCGACAUGCACGGCAAUGUAGCACCCGCCCGCACUUUUAGCAGUCCAGAUGUUGGGGUUGAGGUCAUCGCAGAUGUGUCCGCCCCAGUCUUGCUCAGUGCCGCUCUAAACUUUAGCACGUUGGAGCUGACGCUGAGCUUUUCAGAGACGGUCAAUGCCAGUUCGCUGGACGUCUCUAGCGUGCGGCUCUCCAACACACUACCGAUUGCUUCAAGCGCCUACGAGGGACUGCUGUUGAGCGGUUUUGCCAAUUUGCGUCAUGACCUCGAUGCAGUGAGCAUCACACUGACCGCAGAGGAUGGCUAUGCUCUUGCACGUUUACGAUCGCUCCGCAGCGGCACGGAUCUUGUGCACGAGACCGCAUUGAUUGAAGACAUGUCGCAAAAUCAAGUGGUGCGCCAUCCUGAAUAUGCACGACUUACGCCCGUCAGCUUGGUCGCCGACACAGUUGCACCCCGCUUGCUGCAAUUUGAUCUCGAUUUGCAAGCAGGUCGAGCCACGAUUGUGUUGCAUGAAGUUGUGCAAUAUGCUUUGGUCAACCUCUCCGCCAUGGUUCUCUCCAACGGAGGUGUGGAAGAAGUUGUGCUCGGCGGCGAAAUUGACGUGACGGCUGGCGCCAUGCCCAAUGACCAUGGAACCGAUGCGCGUGACAUGCACGUCGUGGUCGUGAUUUUGGACCAAGCCACUCGUGAUCAGCUGACCUCGGCCGAUACCCUGUGCCGCAGCUCUGCCUCCUGUGAGCUGCGACUUGCGUCAGCAGCCGUGACUGACAUUGCCGGCAAUCCCAAUGUUGCUGCUGGUGUCGCGGCCACGUCUGUACUCUGGGAUACGUCCCUACCCGUUCCCUUGGGUGCACGCUUGGACUUGGUGCAGGGUCUGUUGGUUCUGAAUUUCAGUGAACCAAUCAACGCUUCUGCAACUCAGCUGGCCCACGUUGCGAUUGGUAAUGGCACCACGGCUUGGGUUAAUCUCACUCACGCGUCAGUAGCUGCGACCUCCCAUCUGGCGCGUACCUUGAUUGUCCAGCUUGAUGCUUCUGCGAUUACGCAGGUACAAUGGAUUCUGGCCGAGCACGCCGGCGCUGCACUGUGGUGCGCUCUGGGUGCCGACUCUUUUGUAGACAACAGUCCAAAUGCCUUGGGCGUGACUACACAGCAGCUUGAGAUGGAUUCGAUCGUGAACUAUGACCGGCCCAUCUUGACAGCGGCUUGGCCCAUUGUGGGCAGCGUAGCGGGUGGUGCACGUGUCACAAUGGUGGGGCUCAACUUUUUGCAGCCUGGUCUUCGUGCUCUCUCCCCUUACACUGGUCCUGUGAAUGUGACCGUGCGCGUAGAGGGCGUAGGUGAGGCGCGCAUCGAGCACCACGAGAAUGAGAUGAUGAUUGUGGAGAUGCCUGCGGCGGCCCAGCCCGGCCCGGUCACCCUGUCCGUGGUUUUGGAAGCUUCCCUCGUGUCACCCAAUAACAUCACAUUUACCUAUCUGGCCGAGCCUACGGUAUCGGCUGUUUGGCCGACGGCCCUUUCAGCACUUGGUGGUUCGAUCAUGUUUGUCGAAGGCAGCAACCUGGGCUACGCCGCAACCUCAAACGGUACCAAUGUCCCCAACGUAUCUCUGAGCGGUGUGCCGUGUGUUGAGACGUACUUUGUUGCAGCUGACCGCCUGGCUUGCGUGGUACCUGCCUUGGUACCCAGCCAGUAUGAUGUCUUGGUGGCGCUCGACCAUUCACUUGCAAACGUGACAGGUGUCUACACGGCAUUGGCCAUGCCCGAGUUGACCUCGGUGAUGCCGUCAGAAGUGUAUGCCAACCGAACGUAUAAUUUUACCGUGGAGGGCAUGCACUUUGGCAUGACAUCAUCAACCUUGGCAGGGGCUAUUAACCUGACGGCCCGAGCAGGCAAUGUUGAUUGCGACGCUGUCUCAGUCAUAAACGAUACAGCGCUGGUCAUGACAUGUGCGGUGGCACCAGGCGAACAAUCGAUUCGGGUGGCCAUCGAUGGCCAGUGGUCCGCAGCAAAUCCUGUCGUGACAGUCUUGGCGCUGAAUGAUGCCGGCAUUAUUUCGUUUACCACAGCCACAGCAACGGUGUCUGAGUUGACCGAUGUCUUGGUGCUCAACGUCAGUCGCCGAGCCCCCUUCGCCGCUAGUCCCGUGGACGUGGUCAUCGCGACGCGUGAUGGUACAGCGACUGCUCCCGACUACUAUGUGAGCCUCAACGAAACCAUACGCUUCACGCAAGCGGAGGAAACAAAAUUGAUCACGAUUAACAUUACCGCGGCCGCGCGCGCACAGCAAGGUCCACGCAAAGGAGCUGCGGAUGAUGGCGAAUUCGAGGUGUAUAUAGCAGCGCUUACUCCUCAGCAGGGUCGUGCGGAGGUUGGCCAGCAUGGCAGCAUGAUUGUUUCAGUACAAGCUGCUUGUGAGGCCGUCACCGACACGUGCGCGGCACUUUGGACCGGCUCGGCCUUUGAGUACCGCCGCAUCGACGUGUCGAACUAA